CGGGCGCCGGCGGGCACCAUGCUACUCCCCGCAGUGAGGCUGGUGCGCCUGGGUCGGGUGCCGUAUUCCGAGCUCCUGGCGCUGCAGGAGCGCUGGCUGCGGCGGCUGCAGGCGGAGCCAGGCACCGAGGACCCGCCGAGGACGGAGGCGGGUGCGCUCCUGCUCUGCGAGCCUGCGGGGCCCGUGUACACGGCCGGGCUGCGCGGCGGCCUGACGCCCGAGGAGGCGGCGCGCCUGCGAGCCUUGGGCGCCGAGGUGCACACUACAGGCCGCGGCGGCCUGGCCACCUUCCACGGGCCGGGCCAGCUGCUCUGCCACCCGGUGCUCGACCUGCGGCGCCUGCGCCUGCGCCUGCGCACCCACGUGGCGGCGCUGGAGGCGUGCGCCGUGCGCCUGUGCGGGCUCCAGGGCCUGCGGGGCGCCCGCGCGCGGCCGCCGCCCUACACCGGCGUCUGGCUCGGGGAGCGCAAGAUCUGCGCGAUCGGAGUGCGCUGUGGAAGGCACAUCACAUCCCAUGGCCUGGCCCUGAACUGUUGCACAGAUCUCACGUGGUUUGAGCACAUUGUGCCCUGCGGGCUGGUUGGGACAGGCGUCACUUCCCUGAGUCAGGAGCUCCAGAGGCACCUCACCGUGGAUGAAGUUACACCGCCUUUCCUGGAGGCCUUUAAGGAGACCUACAAGUGCACCUUGAUCUCAGAGGACAGUUCUAACUGAAAGGCAGUCAUGUCAACAGCCAGGAGGUCCUACCUUGGAAAGCACCAGGCCUCACUUGGCGUCACUGAAACCCAGAUUCUGGAUUUGGUCCUGUCAUUCACUCACCACGAGACUGUGGGCACAUCAGGAGCUCUGGCCAUUGUUUCCAUAUGUAACCUGGUUUAUUUAUAUCUUCCCCACCUACCUCAGAUAUAGAAGUGAAAACUUGAAAAGUAACACAUGCUUAUUCAAUACAAUGUAUUAGCCCAGCCUGCGUGGCUCAGUGAUUGAGGGUCGACCUAUGAACCAGGAGGUGAUGGUUCGAUUCCUGGCCAGGGCAUAUGCCCAGGUUGCCGGCUCCAUCCCCAGUGUGGGGCAUGCGGGAGACAGCUGAUCAAUGAUUCUCAUCAUUGAUGUUUCUAUCUCUCUCCCUCUUCAUUCCUCUCUGAAAUAAAAAUAUAUUUAAAAAAUAAAUACAGUGCAUUAGCACUAC